AUGCAACGUUCACCGCCAAAAUCAAUUUCCAACUACAUUGAAAGAAAUAUUACGCCCAAAACAAACGACAGCAACACUAAAGAAGGUGAUAUUGGUUUCACGCAACGAGCGAAGAGACAGGCUACUUCUCCAUUGUCGCAGGCGAAAACGCAAAAUAUGGUAACAAAAGAUGACAUUAGAGAAAUCGUAGUGGAUGUAAUCCAAAAUGAGCUGGCGUCCAUGGUGUCACAAAUUGGUAGAUCAGUGGUCGAUUCUAUAAAGACAGAACUCAUCUGUAUCAGGAAAGAGAUUGAAGAAGUAAAGGAAUCAAUGUCUUUUAUGAAUGAAAAAUAUGAGUCAGCUAUUAAAGAGUGUCAAGAAAUGACCGGGGAAGUUAAAACAUUGAAGGAAGAAAACAAGGACAUGCAAGGGACAAUACAACUUUUAAAAGUCAAAGUUAAUCUGCUGGAACAAAAUGCGCGCGCUAAUAAUCUGGAGGUACAAUGUGUCCCUGAAACAAAAAACGAAAAUCUAUCAGGUAUAGCUAUGUGCAUCGCAAAAACGGUUGGUUACAAUAUGACAGAAGGGACAAUACAGCAUAUUACUCGUGUGUCAAAACAAGACAAGGCCAGCUACCGACCUAGAUCAAUUAUUAUUCAGAUGUCGUCACUGCAACAACGAGAUCUCUUUCUAGCUGCCGUUAUAAAAUAUAAUAAAGCAAAUCCGAAUAAUAAGUUAAACACCUCUCACAUAGGCAUUACCAAUGAUAAAAAACCAAUUUAUGUUAUGGAACACCUCUCAGUACCAAAUAAAGUUUUACACGCUGCAGCUAGACAAAACGCCAAAGACAAAGAAACAUGGCUGAAUAAUAAUGUCUUUGAUAGUGAAUUGUUCGAUGAUAGGUACGUGGUAUAUCGUAGGGAUAGAAAUAAAACAAAUAGUAAUAAAGGGGAAGGAGGGGGCGUCUUAUUGGCAGUCUCAAAAAAAAUUAACUCUAAUAGACAUGUUCAAUGGGAGAGUAGUUGUGAAGAUUUAUGGGUUACAAUAGAUUUUCCUGUUAAUGUGUCAGUUAAUACAGUAACUUUUUGCAUUGUAUAUCUUCCUCCUCCAGUAACACCAACAUUACUAAAGGCCUUUUUAAGUAAUUGUAACCUGACGCUGGAAAGCAUUCAAGGUGAUGUGUAUAUAAUAGGAGAUUUCAAUCUAGGACAAAUAAAGUGGACUCAAUUUGAAAAUUAUAACAGAAAUGUACCAUCUUUAGAAAGUUCAAUAAUAGAUUUUAUAGCAUUGAACGAUUUGUGUCAAAUUAAUCAUAUUUCUAAUAUUAGUGGUAAUAUACUAGACCUUUUUCUUACCAAUAACCAAAACUGUCAAUUGCUGUGUGCUUCUGAUGUCCUUUCCAAAAUUGAUAUCGUGCACCCUCCCUUCGAAGUACAAAUAAGUUUAUCAUCGCCGAAAUAUUUGCCAGUUAACAAUGAAAUCCCGAGGUACAAUUUCUAUAAAGCAGAUUAUAUAAGCUUAAAUCGAUUUCUUAAGAGUACACCAUGGUCAGAGCUAUUUAGUAAAGUAACAGAUGUGAAUGAAAUGGUAAAACAUCUUUACGAUGUACUUAGAGAAUCAAUUUCGUUGUACGUACCAUUGAGGAACCGGAGAAAAUCCAACUAUCCUCCGUGGUUUAGCACAAAUUUAAUCUCAUUGCUUCGAGAAAAAAACAAUAUUAGGCAUAAGUAUAUGAAGCAUAAAAACCCGCGAGAUGAAAUUUCAUUUAAACUUCUCAGAACUAGAUGCAAAAAGUUAGCAUCAAAAUGCCACAGAGACUAUAUGAAUAGCAUUGAGGAAUCGAUUAAGAAAAACCCAAAGUUAAUGUGGACUAUGAUUAAAGGAAAGCGUAAAGGAAAAAGUAUAUUUCCAGCAAAGAUGCACAAUGGCACUAACACGGCUUCUAAAGGAGCAGAAAUUUGCAAGCAGUUUGCUAGUUUUUUUGCGUCAAUUUAUGAGGACUCAGACGAUGUUGCAAUUACUACAAAUUAUAAAGAAGCAUACAGUAAUAACUUACAUAACAUUUUCAUCAAUUUUGAUGAGAUAACUAACAAAUUAAAAUCUGUGGAUACAAGCAAAGGUCACGGUCCAGACGAAAUUCCAGCACAUUUUGCGAGGAACUGUGCCGAAAGUUUGGCAGAGCCAUUGUACAUCAUUUAUAAUGCCUCACUAAGAUCCGCAGUUUUUCCGGAUAAGUGGAAGUUGGCUAAGGUUGUCCCUAUAUAUAAGGGAGGAGAUAUAUCGUGCGUGAAGAACUAUAGACCAAUUUCUCUUCUAUGUAUAUUUGCUAAGGUAUUGGAAUCUUUAAUAUGCCCUAUUGUUCGAAAUCACUGUAAAAAGUUUUUCACAGAUCAUCAACAUGGCUUUCUAGAAGCACGGUCGACAUGUACAAAUCUUGUUUGCUUUGAAAGUCUUCUGUCAGAGGCUUUAGACUCUCGAAAGCAAGUUGAUGUAAUAUAUACAGACUUUUGUAAAGCAUUUGACAAGGUUUGCCAUAAAGUGCUUAUAAACAAAUUGCAAUCGUUUGGAAUAGCUGGAUCUUUAUUAAAUUGGAUGUCAUCAUAUCUUUUCAAAAGAAGGUUUUAUGUGGUAGUUAAUGGAUAUAGUUCAAAUGUUUAUAAUAUAUUAUCAGGUGUUCCUCAGGGGUCACAUCUCGGACCAAUUCUGUUUAAUAUAUUCAUUAAUGAUUUGCCUAACUGUUUAAAAUAUGCAUCACAUUUCCUCUAUGCUGACGAUCUUAAAUUGGGACUUAUUGUAAAGUCGGAUGAUGAUUCUCUGAAGAUGCAAGAUGACCUUAACAGCCUUGUUAAUUGGUGUAGGAUAAAUGGAAUGGAACUUAAUGCUUCAAAAUGCCGGCAAGUCCAUUUUACACGUAAAACUGCAUUUAUAUCGACACAAUAUCAUAUACACAAUGUCGCGCUAAAGAGAUCAGAAGUAGUCAAAGAUUUAGGAAUAAUUUUUGAUCAAAAGUUGACGUUCAUUCCGCAACUGGAUAAUGUAGUACAAAAGGCAUCACGGAUGCUUGGAUUCGUCAUCAGAAAUGGCAAAGUAUUCAAAGAUACACACACUAAAAUUAUUUUAUAUAACUCGUUGGUACGAAGCAUUUUGGAAUAUGGCAUUGUCGUAUGGCGACCACAUUAUGCAACUCAUACUUUACGUCUAGAAAGAAUACAAAAAAGGUUUAUGAGACACUUGUCGUAUUCAAAAGGUAUUGCCAAGAGUCUCAAAAGUUACGAGGAAAGACUCAAACAUUUUAAAAUGACAUCAUUGGAAAAGAGACGGGACUUACUCGAUUUAUUAUUCUUACAUAAAAUACUAACGGGUAAAAUAAACUGUCCCCCAUUACUUUCUCUUUUUAAAUUCAAAGUGCCACGAAAAGUGCCUCGAAAACCCAUAACACCGCUAUGUCCGCCUUUUAGAUCCACAGUUUUUGGUGCCAAAUCCGCUGUCCCUCGUCUAUCCCGAAUCCUGAACCGCUAUAGUAAUCAAAUAGAUAUCUUUUUAGACUCGCCUAGUAAAAUAAGGAAUAUUGUUAUUAAUCAGGAUCUGGCGGCACGCAACUGCCUCGUCGGCGAGAACCACCUGGUGAAAGUGGCGGACUUCGGUCUCGCUCGUCUGAUGCGCGACGAUACCUACACCGCGCACGCGGGCGCCAAGUUCCCGAUCAAGUGGACCGCGCCCGAGGGACUGGCGUACAACACCUUCAGCACCAAGUCCGACGUGUGGGCGUUCGGGAUAUUGUUAUGGGAGAUUGCCACGUACGGCAUGUCGCCGUACCCGGGUGUCGACCUCGCUGACGUGUACCACAUGCUCGAGAAGCAGUGCGAUGCAUCGGUACACAGAUGCUUCUUGCAAAGGGUGCACUGUGGUCUGAUCACCGCUAUACGGGAGAAUAUCUCCGACGCUGACAGUUCCUUGCUCAACUUACUGCACAUGGAGUAUGAAACGGUCUUCUUAGAGAAAUCCUUGGCUGGAACGCAUGUGCGCGCUCGGACCGGACCGAUCUCUUGA